UUGAUUCCGCUGAUCCGAGAUCGAAUCGCUUCGAACCGUUGGAAUCGGUACUGGCCGCACGGGAACCAUCGCCCUCACGAUCGAGUUCGCCGAAGGAUAACCGCACAAGCGCUUCGCCACGAACAAGAUGGAGGACGGGUUGAACUUGAGUUACGAGUCCGGGUUUCAUAGCGACUGGAAAAGCAUCUACAAUCGGGAUAUCCUUUUCUGGACAUCGCACGACUACCACACGGAUCCGGCAAUGCGGACCAUUGUGGAAACGAUCAGUUUCCUCGCUGAAAAGCUUACCCUUUCGCCGGCCGUCGAGUUCUCGGCCAUUGACGCACUGGAGCUGCUGCUGGUUCGAGCGUUCCAGUCCUGGAAGGAACCGGUCACUGCUACUAAGCCCGGGGCACUUGAAGUGAGUAAGGGCCGAUUUCUGAAGCAACUUCCAACGUACAUCGUGGCCGUGCUCGACAUCACGGCCAAGUAUAUGGACGCAUCGAUCAAACUCGAUCUCGCUACGCUUCGAAGGCUGGUGCAUGCGAACGGUCCAAGCGACAGCAUGCUUUCGGUGGAGUUUGAAGUUAUAAAGAUUUUGGGCAACGAGUUUCGUUCUUCGUUGCUGCUGGGAGCGGUCGAACGCUUCACCAAGGAGUACCUCAUACCGCUGAAUGUCACGAAAAAGGAAACGAUUUCUCGCCUUGGCUUGAAGCUGUUGCGCUUGGUCACGGCAGAACGGGCGGCAAUUUAUGGCAGUUUGAGAAACUCGAUCAAAGAUGAGGCCUCGUUCCGUCGCUUUAAGGCGAGCAAAUUGAUUCUGGCCGGAUCAAUCACACUCACGGUGCUUCACCUGAUUCCGGCGGUUCGCCACAGCAAACCGAUUUUGCAUCAAAUCCUUGAGCCCAUUGCGGAUGACUGUGGCGUGCAGGCGACGAACCUGAUUUAUCUGCGUGACGCGAUAAUACUGCAAGUCAUUGAUCGGGCCUAG